AUGGUACCAGAGAAGAGACAACUGAGCGGUCGACUCUUCUCAACUGCCGCGAAGUCUCAGUUAAAGCCAAAGGUCGAAUUGCUUCGUUAUGCGGAUGUGCCUCGCACGGUCGAGCGAAUGAUGUACGCUCGUAACGAGAGUGUCUUACAUCAUUACGUCUUUGACACGCCGGACGCAGAUAAAAAUCCUACUUUACCAUACCGCGACCGGAUACAGAUAUUUCUGAGCUGGACGGACGGCGUACGCAGGCAUGAACUCCUGACAGUCAACCGCGGUGAUUCCGUGUUACUUUAUUCGCCUGCUCCUGAAUCCGUCUGUAAGCGGCGAAAGGCCGGUAACAAGGUCAUUCGCAGCUUGAUUCAACGCAUGUUGAGUGUGUUCUAUCUAUUCUACACGAAAGAACAGCGCAAACGUACGGCAGAGUUAGACGAGGUCUCCAGCGCCGCGAUCACGAUUGCACUGGGCGAUAGGCUGCCAGAACUCAUCUCUCUCGUUAACCUUGUCACUGCCGCCGAAAAGCAGGGCCUAGGAUAUGCCUCCUCGCUCGUCAACUUUCUCUUGGACCUCGCCGCUGCGCAGGGUCGAGGCGUGUGGUUAUUGACACAUGAUCAGACUGUCGGCUUCUACGAACGCUUUGGCUUCAAGAAGGUCGGGCAAUUCAGCGUUGGGGAACACAAUCCGACCUGGACCGAAGACCCUAUCACAAAUUGCAUCCUUCUCUGGGAGCCAGAUACCGAUCUGUCGAAGGCCCGCCAGCAACAGUAA